AUGCCGCCCUGGGCCCUGCGCGACAACGCUUUCGACAAACCGCACUACCGGCUCAACCGGGCAGCCUUAGUAGAGCUCGCAGAAGCAUUAGGCGUCGAGCCCGGAGGGAACGUACACGAGCUCAAGGCAAGGACGAAGCAAGCCCUGUUCGAGCGGAGGGACGAGCUCAUUGAACACCCGACCUAUUCCGCCCUUUACACGGAGAGAGAGAAGAACGAAUUCCAACAGGGUCGCACCCAAGGAACCGGGGACGAAGGCUCAGACUGGCAAGGCAUAGCGGACUAUCAAGAACCCCGCCUACCCUCCGUCUCGACGCGCUCACAAUCGCGCACGACCGACCAGCGCAUGAGUCUCCGAGGGCGUAGGACACGCUCGGGCCAGGGCGGAAACACGUCCACUCCCGCCCCCAGCAUCGUCAGGUGA